AUAUCGAAUAUAUGUAUGGUCAGAGAGGGCUCGAGGGCACUCGAGGAUAAUGUUAGUUACUAAUUUUGAAGAAAACUGUUAAAUUCCGUAAGUUCCCGUUACUUAGCGUACGCAGAUUACUAACGCUAAUGGAGUAAAGAAACAGUUCAAGUUCAAGGGAGUUCAGAAUGGCAUUUGACGGGCAUCACAGCACAUGUGCAAAUUCACUAUUUCCCACAUACCAGCGUCAGACCAGUGUAAAUGUGGGUGGUGGAAACAACGGAAGCGUGGCAUUACCCUUCACUCGCAUCCCCAGUGUCUCACUGCAGGAACAGGACAUGGCAUCCUAUGUGCCCUGGUCUCACAAUGCUCAUGACGAUCCCUAUGAACUUAUCAACUGUGCCCAGAGCAGCAUUAAGAGCAGGAAACCCACUGGCAGUACUGAUUGUGACGGGGAGACUGAUCUACAGGGCUUAGUGUCAAGUAUUUUGGAUGAAGCAGAAUCACAGGACAGCUACUACAGUGAAGGGAACCCACCUACCUGCAACCCUGUCUGGUCUCCAAAGACACUUAGAGAAGAACUGCUACAGUACUUUCAGUCAGAGGCUAAAACACAACAUAAUUUUCUUCCAAACUAUGUUUCCCGUGAGGCUUUCAGUAAAGUACAUGGACAGUCAGUGGACAAAGAUGUUGAAGAGUUUUGUCAGCAGUCUAAUGGCCUUACUACCAAUCAGCAAUGGCUUUUUAAUUUGCCUAAUGGAGACAAGGACAGCUUCGUCGUUCAUCCUCAGAAACUGCCACCAGGUCUACAAAUUCCCAACAUGGGAAACACCUACCAGUCACAGAUUCAACAAAGCAAAUAUGACAACAUGUCAGCUGAUACAGACAGAGGGAAUAGUCAGCCUGUGAAUAACUUCCAUGAUUUCAGUAAUGUCUUUAGACCUCAAAGCGAGAUGAACAGCCCCUGCUUUGAUCUUUACUAUGAAGACCACUACAACCAGAGCAGCGCAAAGCCCAUUAGUAAUGAGCAGCAUGCGCCACAAGACAUUAACCAACUGGUCAGCAGUUUUCAGUCGUUCAUGGCUGGUGAGCAUGACAGCCUAUGUCGUGAUUUUCCAGAAACACACAGGCAGACAGUGGGCAUGUACCAUGACGACAGCAUGGUUGAACAACGGAAAAUUACCGGCACAGCGAUGUCAACACAAAGCACUCCCGCAAUGCAGACCCACAAACAGCUGGUGGGAGAAUUCGGGAUAGUGCAGAGGGAAAGGAAUGGAGAAGUGAGGAAACAAACAUCUAGGCGUGAUGGUUUUCAUGAUCUACCUGGUUUUAGCCCUCAAAACACAGAAUUUUUCCAGCAACCAAAGCCACUUUCUGCAUCUUUAAACCUCCCAAACCAAUACCAGAACAAGAUGACCUUGCACAGAGAGAACACAUCACUCCCCAUUAACGUGAGCAUGAACCAGUAUUUGAAUCAUCACAUCCAGCAAGGCCAGAUACAGAACAAGAUCAAGCCACAGAUGCAGAAGGAAAAGAAAAGGAUGCAUAUGUCUGGCUUUGUGGGAGAAAGCUUCUCCACAAGACCACUAACCAACACUUACAUGAGAGAGGGAGAUAAGAAACAGGCCUUAUCACAAAACCCAUACGUUGACCUCCUGGGGAGCAUGCAGUUUCAGAGAUUUGAUGGGGAAAACAGGAAUACACAGCAGUUCAUGCCUCUCAUGUAUCCUGUCAAUGACCCCAGAAGGUAUUCCAGAUUGCCCAUGAACUCCUCUAACUUCAGCUCUAGAUCCACUUUGCCCUAUGCAAGUGGUCUUCCUGGCCCGGAUCUGGGUGAUAUGUCUGCCAAUGAGUCAGCUGCUUUCAACUCCUAUCUCAAUGACACAAUGACCCGCAGAGGAGAGAGCACGUAUCACGGCAUGGCCACAGCCAUGACAUCAUCAGUGAUGAUGAAUCAAGGAGGACCUGUGAUUCAGCUUUACUUCUACCUGGACGAAUGUUACGAUCAGUGGAGGAGUUUGGAGAAGGAGAGAAAGAGGACAGAAGUCAUCCUUAACAAGACAUUUGUUGGGAAACGGACUGCUGCAGUGACUUCCUCUAACCUCCCCAAAACUCCACCAAACCCCACGAGAGUUGACCACCUCAUUGUUAAUCAGAUGAGAGAACAAGCAAGGUUGGCAAGCCUUCUGGAUAGAAUGGAGUAUCUGCGCAACGUUCCCCUCCAUAUCAACAUCCACACCACACUGAACAGGCACCAUAUGGCCAUUUGCAUCACCCAGGCCAGACGCAAAGAUGAGCUUGCGAGCAUGUCCAAACAUCAGCGGCAGAGAGCUCAACUGACAGAAGACAGAGACACCCUGAUGUUGAUCAUCGCACUGAAGGACCUAGCUGCUACCACGAGAAAGCUCCGCACAGCCCUGUGGUGUGCUCUUCAGAUGACCUUGCCGAAACCUGUCAAGAUGCAGGAGCACCAUGUUGACAGGGAAGCCACAUGCAGAGAGAGGUGCCCCUCUCCAUUUGAGGGAUACUCUUUUAAGUUAUAAUUUAGCAUGCAAACUAGCAUGACUUAAAGGUAUUGAUUAAAUUAAAACCACAUCAGAAUGCCCUGAUUAUAAAUUCCCAUAGACAACAGGGUCAUUUAUAACAUAAAUAUUCUUACAGCAUUACUUACCUUACAAGUCUAAAAUGACAUUUUACCUGCAACACAGUGAUCACUGCAGAAUAUGAGAUGAGAAAUUUUAGGUUUGAUGACAGCUGCACCUUUUGGCAUCCAGUAGCCAGGUGUCUAACUCUGUUGUGUAGGAAUUGCAUGAAAUGUAAUUAAACCUGCCACAUCUUAACUUAAUUUCAUUCAAUUAGUGUCAGUUCCAAAUUAACAUGAAUCUUGCUCCAUCACCGCUGUAUUUAAAGGCACUAUUUAUGUGAAAGAUUUCAGUGAAAUAUUCAUUGUUUUACAUAUUUAUUGGGAUGUUCUGGGUAUUCCUCGGCAAUAACUGAAUCAUAAGGCAGUAGUUUAAAAAUGAACAUGCUAAAUCUUUAUUUUCUGAAAUAUUCAAAUUAAUAUUUGCAGCCUUUGUUUCUCUUAUUUAACCUUAACAUGCUGUAAUCAGAAAAUAAUUUUAUUUAUCUACAAUUUGGUUAAGUUUGAACUGUGCCCAAAGGGUAAUCAAACUUCUGAAAAAAGUUCAGUAUUUUAAAUUCAAAUGUAUUAAUCACAUUUCCAUUAGAAACAUAUAGUAUUAAAAAAUAUCAUUCCUAUCAGUGAAAUAUAACAUAGCUACGUUAAGACUUAAUUUUCUGGAUGCAGUUUAAGUCUUUGUAAACUUAUGCUUUAUUAUUUGUUUAAAAUUAACACGAUAAAUUAUAAAAUGUUUUCUGAAAUGUUCCAAUUCAUUUCUGAAGCUUUGGGUUUUCUUCUGUUAACACAAUAAUCAUAAAACUUUUAUUUAUAUGCAAUUUAGUAAAAAAAAAAAAAAAAUUGAACUAUACAAAAGAUACAUUUCAAAACAUGCUGAAACUUCAGUAAUGUAAAUGUAUUAAUCACACUUUCCUUCAUUUUAUAAAUAAAUAAAUAUAUUUCCUAUCAGUGAGAUAUGACAGUUUGUCAACUAAGGAUCAAAGCUUUUAAUAUUACAAACCUAAGUUAAGCAACAAUUCUGUAGAAGCAUUAGUCUGUAGAUUUCUGACUAUGCUUUCUGAAAUACGAGUUGCGUUGUUCGCUUUCAUGUCAUUUUAAUGUUCAUGAUGUGUUUUCUCUCUUUCCGUUCUUGUUCUGUAAACUGUAAAGUAACAUUCUGAAAAUAAAGCAACCCCCAAAUUGCUCAAAA